AUGAUCGACCUGGAGAAUGACAAGGAGCUGUUCAGUAAGCAGAAGGGAUUCCUUGAGGAAGAGCUAGACUACAGGAAGCAGGCCUUGGACCAGGCCUACAUGAGGAUCGAGGAGCUGGAGGCCACGCUGUAUAGCGCUCUGCAGCAGGAGCAGCCGGCAUGCCAGGCGGUGGCUGAGUCGCUGACAGACAGGCAGAGGGAGGAGCUGAGGCUAGCUGUGGACAAGCUGCGGCGUCAGAUUCUCCGGCAGAGCCGGCAGUUUGACAGUCAAAUCUUACAGGAGCGCAUGGAGCUCCUACAGCAGGCUCAGCAGAGAAUUAGAGAGCUGGAGGACAGGAUUGACUUGCAAAAGAGACAAAUAAAGGAAAUAGAGGAAAAGCAUUUAUUCUUUGGCCUUAAUGCAAGUGACCGUGGACUAACAUCAGGCGUUAAGGUGCUGUGGAGGAAAGCGAGGACGAAACAGAUCCUAAUUGUUUUUUAUGCAUUUGUAAAACUCACCCAGUGGGCACAGGCUAACCAAUGGAGGAUCACAUGA